CCUUCUUUUCCAUUAAAAAACCGAGUUUCAAUUUUCAAUUUUCAAAAUUUGAAGGACGCCAUUCAGACGGGCAAACAUUUGUCAUCUUUUGAAAAUCUUUUUGACAACUCCUUUAUUUCAUUAGUUUUCGCAAACUUUUGGGCCAUUUUGGGAUGCCUGAAUUUCGUCUUUUAUUUUCCAUUCUAUGAGAUUUCGUUUCUUAUAGGUUUAACCUGUAGUAUAGACAUUUUAUACAUCUACCCCCAUAUGGGGUCGACGAGCCGACAGUCCCAUAGCUACCGUAAAGAAACCCAAAGCAUUCCUUUUUUCUAAGGGGGUACGACCCCUAGUCUACCUCGCUUCCCGGCAGUUGAAAGUGUGUCCGAUUUCAGUCGUAGUGCAGACGUCCAACGUUCAACUGUGUCGCUUGCAUGUCUCAGGAUUCGUAACUCCUCACUUUGAAUGGAUUUCCAGUUUUGGUGCCUGUAGAUAACGGGAAAAAAUUGUGAUUUCAUCAUUGUUCUAUCCAGUAAGUGAAAAUCCUAGUUUCCUUAAUUACCGUAGUGGCCAUGUGUGUUAAAUAAAACAAAGUGUUGCAAAAAAUAAGCGAUCCAUCAUACAACACGAUGACUGCAAAGACAAAAGAAACUUCUUUGUGGAUGCUGCAAGACGUCCGUCAUUUUUGACAGUUGCUGAUUUUGUGUUUAGUAGAGAAUAGCUUUUCUUCUCUACACUUGUCCUCAUUAGCAGCAUAGUUUGGGCGUGGCAGCUUUCAAACUCUCAGCUCUACGCCCCCACUGCACUCGGAUCAUUUUUAACUGGCUUGUUCUACUAUAACUAACACAAUUACGGACAUUCCGAUUCGAGAUGGAAAAUAUGUGCAUCAUCAAGAUUGCGGAUGAGAAGCGUAGGACGCGAACUUUGAUCCAAGGGUCGGUCAAGAGCACGCUGGAGAAGCAUUUCCAGAUGGAACAGAGGCCGUCGCUGGAAACCAUUGCCAAACUGGCGGCGUGUUUACGAAUUAAAAAGAAAAUCGUCCGCAUUUGGUUCUGCAACCGGCGAUACAGGGAGAGAUACAUGAAACCGCUCACCCCAUCAAAUACUACAUCGGUCUCACCGAUUCCGGCCGAGAUUGUGGAUCCUCUCGAUUCCGCCAACUUGUCGCCAGUUCAAUCAACAGCUGAAUUGUCUCCGAGUGUCCAGGACUCGCUUCGGCCGAGUGUCCAGGACUCGCUUCGGCCGAGCGUCCAGGACUCGACCGUCUCGUCUGGCACUCCCAACAAAAGGGCGGUGCUGGAAGGAUCGCCCAAGGAUGCUCUGGAGAAACACUUUGCAAUGGAACCCAAGCCGUCACUGGCGACCAUCGCUUGGUUGGCCGAUUCUCUGCGGAUGAAAGCGGAAGUAGUGCGCACCUGGUUCGGCAACCGACGCUGCAAGGAAAAACGAAUGAAGAAGUUUACCACUUUAAUGACGCCCAUGAGACAAACUCGACUGUCAGCUUCACGAGUUUUGAGGAGCGGCGACAUUGCGGAUGAAUCUGUCUACGGAAAUAACUCGGCAGCAGAUUUGAGCGGUAUUGGUGUGGAUCCUUUGGAACGUCCUUCGUUGGACAGCGUUGAAAGUGAAAUUUCCUUAGCUGAAGAUCAAACACCUGGACAAGCAACAGCCGAAACCAAUUCAAUAAGUGAGGAGACAAAUAAUGAGAUGCCUGAAAUUGAAUAUUCUGUCGAAUCGCCGGAGCAGGAGGAUUCGACUGUCCCGUCUGACGUUCGUUUCACCAGCUGUCAGCCCCGUCAGUCCAAGACGUCCAGGAAGAGGACGUUGAUCGAAGGAUCGCUCAAGGAUGCGCUGGAGAAACACUUUGACCAAGACCCCAAGCCUUCGCUCAAGGCGAUCGUCUCGCUGGCCCGUUCUCUCCGUUUGAAAGCGAAAGUGGUGCGCGUCUGGUUCGCCAACCGACGACACAAGCAAAAGUACUUGAAUCCAAUCGCCAAAUCAAAUAGGCCAGGAAAUCGGACAGCUACACAAGCUCCGGUCCCUUGCCAAAUCGCGGAUGAAACCACCGACACUGCUAUGAGGGAUGUCGUUGAGUCUUUUACCGGAAACAAUUCUUCGACAGUCGAACAAAUAACUGAUUCUGAUCAAAAUGACGAAUCUAUUCCAGCGAGUGAGCCAACUGCAAUGCCUGAAAUUAUCAGCAGUCCAUCAAAUUCAACUGCACCAUCUGAAACCGCCGCUAUUAAAAGAACUUCCGGAGGUUCGUUCAAAAACGGUAGACCAUGGGGUCCUCUUUCACGUCGCCAACCAGUGAUUGAAGAUCAAACUGAGACUGAACAAGAUGAAACUGAAAUUCCGGAAACACUUUUGGAGUCGACGAGAAAACUUCGUUUCGCCGAGAGGCUAAUCAAAAGAUGCAAGAAGAUUGGCAACCAGAACGAGAUGGAUGUGUACGCCAUCCCACUCAUCAGAUCAGCCGAGUCUGAUUCCACUUUCGAGCGGUUCUCUUUCGGCCUUGCCGAUGAGCUGGCAGAGCACCGGACGGUCCUGGUGCUGGGCGCCGACGGAUCGAAUCGGUCGAAAUUCAUCAACGGAAUCGUCAACUUUAUCUUCGGUGUCGAGCAGGACGACAGUUUCCGUUUCCAGUUGAUCGACGAAGAAGAAACGAACGGCGUCAAGGUCUACGACAUCCACCACACCUUUAGCUUCCGCGUAUCGUAUUCCAUCACGAUCGUCGCCGCGCCAAGUUACGACACCGUCACCAACGACUCGCAAUAUUUCAGAGACCAGAACGUUGCCAAAAUGUUGCUGGGCGCGAUGGAGAAGGACGGAGGCAUCCAGCAGCUGGACAUGAUUUGUAAUGUUGUCACAGAAGCCGUCGUCGACCAAUCAUUCAUGUCCAUGUUCGGCAAGGACAUGGCCGGAAGCAUCUACAACUGGCAGCCGUUCAACCACCUGGGCGACACCGGCUCAUGGCUAGAAGUGAUCCAGCGCUUCUGCACGGCCCUGGCCGACAAUACCAAUCCCAAAUCGCUGUCGCUGACCAAACAGGUGCUGCAAGAGCGGAAGCAGAUGGAAGCGGUGACGGACGGAUUGGAGUCGCUGGUCAAAAUCGGACACGGCAAGAUGAAGGAGAUGGACAAGGCGAAGCAGAUGAUCGUCUUUUGCGACUCGCAGAUCCAGUCGACGGACGAAGAGGAAGACGAGUGUUUUGUGGUGGAAAUGAAGAAGAAGGUCGAGCUUCCGGCCGGAGAGUGGGCCUACAACUGCAACCGCUGCUACGUCACCUGUCACGACGCGUUCUUCAAGGAGGAACCGGUCGAGGACGGACAUUUGAAUUCGGAGGAUCUUUACGAGUCGACCGUCACCGGCUACUGCUCCGUCUGCCCGGACCAGUGCAAUUUGAUUAUGCACUCGAACCAGCCCUACCGCUGGGUGUCGGUCGAGAAGGUGACCAAGGUCUCGCCCGAUCUCGGCAAAAUCCAAAGGAACGAAGCCGAAAUCAAGUGGAAGGACAUCAAGUCGAAAGGUCGGGAUCUCAUCAAAGUGCUGGAGAAGGAUCUGGCCGCAAACGGCAAGGUCGCCCUGGAACAUUUCACAGCCACCUGGCGGUGCAUCCAGAGGCUCAACAGGAUCGCUCUCCGCGGUAACUCGUUCCUGACUCGGAAAGUCUUUGACGUUCUCUACGACGCCGAACAGCUGAUCAAAGAACUCGGCUUCCAGGACGGAUUAGCAAGUUUGAAGAACUAGACGUUAUGUAAUUAUUUGUUGUCUAGUUUUAAUACGUGUAAUUGUACAACUUGUAAUAAUGAUUGUGGCAACUUGAUCAACCAUUCAGAUAUCAUCGGUCUCUGUAUUUUUAAAUUUUUAUUAUUUUGUCAAAAGAAAAUGAGCGCAUCAAAGAAUAAAUUCUGUAUCUCCAU